UUCACCUCGAUUCCAGUCCAUCAAUCGUCAAUUGAUUUACACAUCAACCACAAUGGCUCAGCAAUACUCCCAAGGACCUAACGUCCAGAACCAGGAAUGGCAGAGCAACCUUUGCAAUUGCUCGCCCUGCGACUCUUGCAUGCUCAGCACCUUCUGUCCCUGUAUUCUGUUGGGUAAAACUUCCGACCGUAUGAGAGACCCUACAAUGCAAACUGCCGAUACCUGCAACAGCGAUACUCUGAUUUUCACCGCCAUCCAAUGCGUUACUGGCUGUGGCUGGAUUUACUCCAUGAUGAAGCGUGGAGAAAUCCGUGAGCGAUUCGGCAUCAAGGGUAGUGGCAUGAGCGACUGCUGCGUCAGUUACUGGUGUCUCUGCUGUGCUCUUAUCCAGCAAGACAACGAAGUAAAGGCUCGCCUUUCGCAUGGUCCUAUCAUGCAGGGCUAUCAGGCUCAGAAGGAGGGUAUGCAUAUGCCAACUACCCAGCAACAGCAGUACCAGGACCAGAAACCCAACCCUGAGCAGCAUACUCCUCAGCCUGAUUACCAGCUCCCUCAGCAUCAGCAUCAGCAUCAGCAAGGCUACCAGUCUCCUCAGCAAGGAUACCAGUCUCCUCAGCCUCAAGGAUCCUUCCCUCCACCUCAGCAGACUUACAAUCCUCACCAGCCUCAGCCCCAGUAUUAAUUAAAUACGCUACCUGAGCAAGAAAAUGAUGUAUCAAAAUGAAAGGAUGCACUACCAGCAUGACAUAAAAAAAAAGAAAGGCGAAAGGCAUGUGAGAGAGCGACUACGGGUAAUAAGCUGGCAUGUGAAUUAACGCUGAAGCACGGACGGGUACGCGGCAAUGGAUUAUACCCUGUGACAAAGACGGUCAUGAUCUCUUUUAAUUAUUCAUA